AUUGGCACAUCGAGUCGGCGUGCAGUUGAUUCAAAAACUUUGCUCUGCUCACUACCUCUACCUCUAAUCCGCUGAUUCUAUAAGUAUAAUUAAAAGAAGGAAGGAGCAAGCGAAAGAAAGAGUCAAUAUAUCAAGGUAUACACACACUUUAAACUCUGCUGCUGCGUCAAUCGUUUCUCUUCUCGCAUCGAAUUCGGAACGCUUGCUUUCAAUUCGAAAUCGCGAAAAUUACAACGCUGUGCAAAGUUAUAUCAGUGGAUUACUACUUUACUUAACUCCUGUGUGUGAUUACUUCGGAUGAUGUCUUCAGUGGUGAUUGGAAGGCACUUCGCCCGACGACACGUCCCGAAUUUGCCAGCGCUGCCAGAUUUCUUUCGUCAAUAUUCCAACAUGCCCUGCCCAUUUUUAACCAAGUUGACUCAGUCGUAUGUGAGGAAUUAUGGGCCAACUUUGUUGAAGACCUUUGGCAGUCAAUGUCCUGUCAUGUCCAGGACAAUGAAUAGUAUGCCAAGUGGUCCAAGCCAAGAAGUUGUUGAACAGUCAGUUGUUCCUCCAAUUUCCGGCACAGACAGCAAAAGCUGUCCUUUCUUGAAGGAAGUCACUUCAAUGGUCAAGGUGGCCAACCAGGAGGACAUUAUUGAGAUUGAUGCAAAGAAAGAGAAGGAAAAUCUCACUGAAGGUAAUUCCUUCGAGUAUGAUCAAUUCUUCCACCAGCAGAUCAUGAAAAAGAAGAAGGAUCAUUCUUACCGCAUUUUCAAGAAGGUGAACCGUCUGGCUGGUCCAGGACAGUUCCCUGCUGCAUUGGAGUACUCCUGGGGAGAACGCCCCAUCACUGUCUGGUGUUCCAAUGAUUAUCUAGGCAUGUCUUGCCAUCCGGAGGUGAAGAAUGCUGUGCGCAGUGCCCUGGACCAAUUCGGCGCUGGCGCUGGUGGCACCCGCAACAUCUCCGGUAAUUCUAUGUAUCAUGAAAAGUUGGAGCGAACCCUGGCUGAGCUGCAUCAGAAAGAAUCCGCGUUGUUGUUCACUUCGUGUUUUGUCGCCAAUGAUUCGACUUUGUUCACUUUGGCGAAGGCUUUGCCUGGUUGUCAUAUAUUUUCGGAUGAAGGCAACCAUGCAUCGAUGAUCCAAGGCAUCCGGAAUAGUAAAGUACCGAAGCAUAUCUUCAGACAUAAUGACCCCGCGCAUUUGGAGGAAUUGCUGCAGACGGUUGAUGUGAAAACGCCGAAAAUUGUUGCUUUCGAGACGGUACAUUCCAUGACAGGCGCUGUUUGCCCAUUGAAGGAACUCUGUGAUAUCGCGCAUAAAUAUGGAGCGUUAACAUUUGUCGAUGAAGUGCACGCGGUUGGUUUGUAUGGGGAUCAUGGCGCUGGUAUCGGGGAACGCGAUCAUCAAUUGCAUAACAUGGAUAUUAUCAGUGGUACACUUGGUAAAGCUUUCGGAAAUGUUGGUGGUUACAUAGCUGCGAAUUCUCUGCUAGUGGAUAUGAUCCGCUCGUAUGCUGCCGGAUUUAUUUUUACUACUUCACUGCCACCUACGGUGCUCUCCGGUGCUGUGAAAGCGAUCGAUAUUCUUGCUUCGGAAGAAGGUCGUGCUUUGCGUUCUCUUCAUCAAGGCAACGUGCGUUAUUUGCGCAAUACUUUGCUGCGUCAUGGUUUCCCCGUCGAACACACGCCGAGUCAUAUUAUCCCGAUCAAGAUAGGCAACCCAAUGUUAAGCACUCAGUUGUCGGAUUUGUUGAUUCAAGAAAAAGGACACUAUGUGCAGGCGAUUAACUAUCCGACUGUUGCGCGUGGACAAGAGAAGCUUCGUUUGGCACCAACACCGCAUCACAACAAGGAGAUGAUGGACCGUUUAGUGGCGGAUCUCAAAGAGAUCUGGACUAAAGUCGGUUUGCCAUUCACAGGCAGACAAUGUAGCAAGGAGUGUCAGUAUUGUCAGCAACCAAUUCUCUUCGAGUAUCUCGAGGCGCGUUCCAGGAACUCGUCCUGCUCGAACGAGGUGAUCUGCGAUGUGCCCAACUGCCCGCAGAUGGUCGCUACCGUUUAAAGCAGACUUUAAACUGGUCGAAAUUAGCAAUCGGUGUUAUUCAAUGGUGUUUUAUUGAUGUUUAGAUGUGGGUUUGCGCAAUACGUCAGCAAUGGUGAUGGCACAAAACGUAAUUUGCUUAUUUAAUAAAUUUAUUUCAAUUUUA